AUGGUGGUUGUGAAGAAUUAUCGAUCCAGUAAAUGUGAGCUCAAACAGCUCAGAAUUCUGCUUCAUGGACUGGCUGGUGCUGGCAAGUCCAGUUUCGUCAACUCUGUCGACAGUGUUUUACAAGGCAGGAUGGCUGGUCGAGCUUUGGUAGACAGUAUAUCUCAGGAGAGCUUCACCAUAAAAGUAUGUCAAAUAAUUUAUGACAAACUGCCUUAUCAUCAUUCAAUAGGUGGCACUAUUGUCAUCAAACCAAUUCUGGUUUACAGUACAGAACUUACAAAAUCCAAAAAGGAGGCCCAGGGAGAUUUUACCCCUUCGUCUUUACUGACAUCAUGGGCCUUGAGAGCGGCUCAAACAGAGGGGUUGACGUGCAGGACAUCAGACUGGCCAUGGAUUCCCCAACUGGCCAUUCUCACCAAAAUUGAUGAAGCUGGUCCUGAGGUCAAGAGAGAUAUAAAAAACGUUUACAAGAGCAAGCACCUGAAGGAACUGAUGGGGAAAUUAAGUGCGUUGCUGGGUAUUCCACUGAACUGCAUCUUUCCUGUGAAGAACUACCACUCAGAAAUCUACAUUGAUGACAACAUUGAUAGUCUGAUUCUGUGCGCACUGAGACAGAUGAUUGACUUUGGUGAGGACUUUGUCAACAACCUGUAGACCUACAUACUGCUGAGGCAAAUCCUGUUUACAGCGUGAAAAAAAGAUUGUUUCAUGUCAUAAUUUGAAAUGAGCUUUGGGUGUCAAUAGAUACAGAUGUGCAUUAGCCUGACGUAAUUAAAACCUAGAUAUGACUUGUAUCACUCUCA